AUUAAUUAUUUAUACCUUGCAUUUUACCACUAUUCAAAAUGCGGUUAAUGAUACAUGUCACUAAUGACACAUAUGACACAUGUCAUUAAUACUGAUCGAAAAGCGUCGCUAGCGCAAUCGCUCUAUCGAUUAAGGCUAGUAAGAAUUCGAUCCGUUCAGCCGUUAUUGAAAUCCGAUAAUCUGAGUUACUCUCAACUGUUUGACUCGCGUAUAGAUACACGGAGUGCCGCGCAAUGCUUCGCAUGAACUUGGCGCGAGACACUACCGUGUCUCUUGAUUUAUUAGUUAGUUACUUGCAGUGAAUAUAGUAAGGUGAUUGUAGUGAAAAUGAUGAGAAAAAGAGAUAUUGGAAGAAAAUACGUAAGUGGCGCAGAGAAGGAGAGAAAGCGCAAAGCUCAAGAGGAAUUUAUUAAUAGCCAAAAAGGCUCCAUGAAUAAAUUUUUAAAAAGCACUAUCAAUACAGAAAAAAACAGGCCUACUCAAGAAAUACCUGGUACAAAUUCGCAAGAUGAUGAACUUGUGGAAUAUACAGAUAACAAUAAUGAUAAUGGAAAAGAAACAAAAAAAUCAACUGAGAACAUAGAUGAAUAUAAAAAACUUGAGGACAUAGGCACAUGGCCAGUAAAUCUCGAGGUAACUGAAAAAAAUAUUUUAAUUGAAAAAGGACCCCGUAAAAUUUGUUCAAAUAACUAUCCGAAAGAUGAAAAGGAUAGAUGCUUUUCGGAAGUAUAUUACACAAGGAAAAUGAGCAAUGGCGAACAAAUUGAUAGACAUUGGCUAGUAUAUUCAAAAGAAAAAAAUGCUAUCUUUUGUUUUCCUUGCAAAUUGUUUCGGAGUGGGUCAGGCCAGUUGGAGACACAUGGAUUUAAUGAUUGGCAGCAUGCAUCAGAGAGAAUUAAACAACACGAAGUAUCUAAAGUACACUUCAAAGCUAUGGACACAUGGAAUGAAGCUCGUUUAGCUCGUAUUAGUGCUGCAAACUGUUCUAAUAUUUCUCAUAUGUCUGAAAAACUUUAUAUUGAAGAAAAACAGAAAUGGAGAAAUAUUUUGGAAAGAGUAAUAGCCAUUAUUCAAUAUCUAGCCGAACAUAAUAUGGCAUUGAGAGAUUCAUCCGAUUUACUGAAUACUCCAAAUAAUGGAAAUUUUUUAGGCCUCGUAAAACUUAUGGCUCGGUAUGAUUCUGUUCUAAUGGAACAUGUAAAUCAUGCUAAAGAAUCAAGAAAUGUUGUUACCUAUUUAAGCAAAAAUAUACAAAACGAACUUAUAUCUCUGAUGGUUUUACCGGGUUUUUGGUGGUCAGACACUAGCGGAUUAGGAUUGGCAACAACUCUAAAACAACAUCUGAAUGAUUGUGGACUUGAUUUUACAAACUGCAGAGGACAAGGAUAUGAUAAUGGAGCAAACAUGAAGGGAUACAAAGCUGGUGUCCAAGCCCAACUUUUACGAGAAAACCCAAAAGCUUUUUUUACACCGUGUGGCUGUCAUAAUUUAAAUCUCGUAUUGGCAGAUAUUGCUAGCGUUUCUCCCAAGGCUGUUACAUUUUUUGGUGUUAUUCAACGAUUUUACACAUUCUUAUCAGCUUCUAACUAUAGAUAUGAUAUAACUAAGAAAUAUUUAAAGCUUACACCAAAAACGCUAUCUGAUACUCGAUGGGAAUGCCGCGUAGAAAGUGUAAAAGCUUAUGAAUUACUCGUAAAAGUCAAUAGAGUAAGUAAAAUGCUUCAGCAAAGGGACGUGCAAAUGGAUGUGGCCAUAUCACUCCUUGAUAAUCUGCUAAAAGAGUUAUUAACUUUUAGAGAAGAUGGCUAUCAAGAGUGUGUGAAAACCACAAAAAUUAUUGCAAAGCAAAAUAACGUUAUUCCUCAUUUCCCUCAAAAACGGGUUGCUAGAUCAAAACGACCGUUUGAUUAUGAAAGCAUCGAUGAUCCAAUAAGAAAUGAAGAAGAACAAUUCCGCAUAGAAUAUUUUCUCCUCGUUACCGACCAAGCCAUUGCAUCAUUUAAGGAACGUUUUAAGCUGUACGAAGAUCUCAGGAAUAACUUUGGAUUUCUCUACGAUUUCAGAAAAAUAAAAACAACAUCUAAAGAAGACUUGAUGAAAAACUGCAUGGACUUCCAUAAUAUUUUACAGGAUGGACAGAAUUCUGAUGUAGAUGGAGCAGAUCUUCUUGAAGAAUUGUUAUCUUUCAUUCAGAUAGUUCCAGAAAACAGUCAAAGUUGCCUUUUAGAUUGUCUGUUCAUGCAUUGCGUUAUUUGCUGCGACGUGUUUAGUAUAGAUAAGAAGGAUUGUAGAAUUAUGGAGGCCUACCGACAACGUUGGCGAAAAAAAAUUAUUGGCAUGAUGCUACUCCAUAGCCGAAUCAAACUUGUCGAUAAGGAACACCAAAGGUUUCAUAGAUUCUGGGUGCGUCCUAUACUUGAAACUAGACGAACUCACGGGAACUGGGAACAUUUGAUACAGGAGCUUCGCUUAUAUGAUCAUGAAACUUACUUCAAUUUUAUGAGAAUGACACCACACACUUUUGAAGAGAUUCUUUCUUUGGUUGGAUCACAGCUCGUACGACAAACUACAAAUUUUCGAGAACCAAUACGUGCAGAAGCUCGAUUAUCGUUAACAAUUCGAUACUUGGCUACUGGAGAUUCUCUGAAAUCACUUUGGCCUUCAGAAUUGGGACAGCUACUGCAUCUAAAAUAA